GGUCGGAGCUGCGGGCGCUCGCUGGUGGCGGAUCAGGAGGUGGCUGCGGCGGCGGAGCUCCGCGGCCGGGGUCGAAUCCGAUCGGGAGUCAUGAGCGUGGACAAGGCCGAGCUAUGCGGGUCUCUGCUCACCUGGUUGCAGACGUUCCACGUCCCGUCCCCCUGUACCAGCCCCCAGGACCUGAGCAGUGGCCUCGCCAUAGCCUAUGUGCUGAACCAGAUAGACCCUUCCUGGUUCAACGAGGCGUGGCUCCAAGGCAUCUCAGAUGACCCAGGUCCCAACUGGAGGCUGAAGGUUAGCAAUCUGAAGACCAUCUUACAGAGCUUGGUGGAGUACUCCCAGGAUGUCCUGGGACAUCCUGUUUUGGAGCAGCACCUUCCAGACGUGAGCUUCAUUGGCGAGUUUUCGGACCCAGAAGAACUUGGCAAGCUGCUUCAGCUGGUGCUUGGCUGUGCCAUCAGUUGCGAGAAGAAGCAGGAACACAUCCAGAGAAUCAUGACACUGGAGGAAUCUGUGCAGCAUGUGGUAAUGGAAGCCAUCCAGGAGCUCAUGAUCAAAGACACCCCUGACUCCCUGUCACCAGAAACAUAUGGGAACUUUGAUAACCAGUCCCGAAGGUACUACUUCCUGAGCGAGGAGGCCGAUGAAGGGGAUGAACUUCGGCAGCGCUGUCUGGACCUGGAGCGGCAGCUGGUGCUCCUGGCCGAGGAGAAGCAGAGCCUGGUCCAGGAGAACGCGGCGCUGCGGGAGCGGGCUGGCCGGCCAGAGGGCGAGGGCGCCGAGGGCCUCACUGCCAAGAAGCUGUUGCUGCUGCAGUCCCAGCUGGAGCAGCUGCAGGAGGAGAACUUCAGGCUGGAGAACGGCAGGGAGGAUGAGCGCCUGCACUGUGCAGAGCUGGAGCGGGAGGUCUCGGAGCUGCAGCAGAGGAACCAGGUGCUGACCAGUCUAGCCCAGGAGGCACAGGCACUGAAGGAUGAGAUGGACGAGCUGCGGCAGUCCUCUGAGCGUGCUGGACAGCUGGAGGCCACGCUGAGCAGCUGUCGGCGCCGGCUGGGUGAGCUGCGGGAGCUGAGGCGGCAGGUGCGGCAGCUGGAGGAGCGCAACGCCGGCCACGCCGAGCGCACCCGGCAGCUGGAGGACGAGCUACGCCGGGCCGGCUCGCUUCGUGCCCAGCUCGAGGCACAGCGACGGCAGGUUCAGGAACUUCAGGGCCAAAGGCAGGAGGAGGCUAUGAAGGCUGAGAAAUGGCUUUUCGAGUGUCGAAAUCUGGAGGAGAAGUACGAGUUGGUGACAAAGGAGAAGGAGGUGAGUCUGAAGUCCCGCAUCCAAGCCCCACCCUGUCCAUCCUGGCAUAGCCCAGUCCCCAGGAGGCCAGCCCUCCCUCCAACGGCGUCUUGCACCCUGUGCCUCCAGCGGCUGCUGGCAGAGAGGGACUCCUUUCGGGAGGCCAAUGAGGAACUGCGCUGUGCCCAGCUCCAGCCCCGGGGGCUAACCCAGGCUGACCCUUCGCUGGAUCCCACCUCACCAGCUGUGGAAAACUUAGCAGCAGAGAUCCUACCUGCGGAGCUGAGGGAGACGCUCCUGCGGCUUCAGCUGGAGAACAAGCAGCUGUGCCAGCAGGAGGCGGCCUACCGGGAGCGGCAGGAGGAGCUGCAGCGCCACCUGGAGGACGCCAACCGCGCGCGCCACGGGCUGGAAACGCAGCUGCGGCUGAACCAGCAGCAGCUGUUGGAGCUGCGGGCGCAGGUGGAGGACUUGCAGAAGGCCUUGCAAGAGCAAGGGGGCAAGACUGAGGAUUCGAUUUCCGCCCUGCUGAAGAGGAAGCUGGAGGAACAUCUGCAGAAGCUGCAUGAAGCGGAUCUGGAGCUGCAGAGGAAGCGAGAAUACAUCGAGGAGUUGGAACCGCCUGCUGACAGCGGCACAGCCCGGCGUAUUGAGGAGCUGCAGCAUAGCCUGCAGAAGAAGGAUGCGGACCUGCGGGCCAUGGAAGAGCGCUACCGCUGCUACGUGGACAGGGUGCGCACGGUCAUGCAGACCCUGGAACCCAAACAACGACCAUCGGGGGGGCCACCCCCAGAACUUCACACCCUGAGGACACAGCUCCGGGAGCGGGACGUCCGCAUCCGGCACCUGGAGAUGGACUUUGAGAAGAGUCGAAGUCAGCGGGAGCAGGAAGAAAAGUUGCUCAUCAGUGCCUGGUAUAAUAUGGGCAUGGCUCUGCAGCAGCGAGCUGGGGAGGAGCGGGCACCCGCCCACGCCCAGUCAUUCCUGGCCCAGCAGCGCCUGGCCACCAACACUCGCCGGGGGCCCCUGGGACGCCUAGCAUCCCUGAACACGCGCCCCACAGACAAGCACUGAUGGACCUCGGUAUCCUGCCACCUGCUCAGCCAGCUGGGGCUCAAUCCGACUUGGAUUCCUCCCAGCUCACCUGCGGCCCAGCAUCCAGAAGGCCUCAGUCAGCAGCCUGAGAGCCUUAAGGUCAUGACUUCUGCCCUCUGUUCUCUGAGAUGGGACAAGAGUUUGGGAUAAAGCUGGAGGCAGGGGAGGGCCUGUUCUUUUUAGCAAUGUGAUUCUUACCCUUGAUUUUCAACCUGGGGUUAAUGAGAUGCCAGGGGAGAGAGUGAUUUUUAUAUUUGAGAAGAAAAACAAUAAAGAUUUUCAAUCUGCCCUCGCUGAACUCUGGGCGCUGAGAGGAGGGAGAGAAAACAGGCCAGGGACUCAGAGCAUUGCUUUUUGAAAGGACUGGCUUGUGUUCUUACUAAAGCAUGAGUGACUGACAGCACCCACUGGGAGGUGAGAACCAUGUUGUGUCUGUGUAACUGUAUGGGUAUGUGGUCGUUUUUUUGAAGAAGCUUCAGACAAAAAUUCCUGCCUUAUGAAGCUAUUGUUUCUCAUGAAGGGGGACAGACAAUAAACAAAAUAAAAUAAAAGUUUGAUGUGAGAAGUGCUACAGAGAAAAAGAAAGCAGUCAGAAGUGAUGGGGAUAUGGGAUGUCCAUUUGGGAUGGGGUGAUUUUA